AUUUGAUACCAUCAGUGACGGCACUGAAUGUAGGCGGUGGUUGCACCGUUUAGCUUCUCGUUCAGAUUCAAUGACGCAUUUCAGCAGUCGAUUCUGCGUUCCUCAAGCUCCACACUUGAUCAACCCCAAAGAAUUCACCAUCUCCCCUCUUCACUCACGUCCAGCAUGUCCAUGCUUCCUGCGACACGCAAAUCCAUCUCCUCGCCCGCUGCGGGCUCACCUUCAGACUCGCCUCAUCCAGAUAUCGACGGCAAGAUCCGGUUCUACGGCGCGCUCUCGGCGUUACGCCAAUCGUAUCUCCCGACGAACGCCCAGGUCACGGACGUCCUCGCCUACGUCAAGACACACUCGCCGGUGGAGGAGAACAAGCUCUCGGCCGAAGGGCGGCGGCUCGUGGCGGAUAUGCGCGGCAUCAUCGACACGCUUUCGGCGAUCGUGCGGGAGAAGAACGACGGCGAGGUGCUGCAGCGGUUCGUUUGGGCGACGCGGGCCGUGGACGCGACUGCGCUGAAGCCGAGCGAGGCUGAGCAGGCGAAGGUCAAGGACGAGGUGGACAAGGCGAGACUCGAUGCGCAGGAGGCGGCGCAUCAUCUACGCGCCCUCAUCGCACUCGUGCUCACGAACGGCGAGAUGCGCAAGCUUGUAACGGAUCUGGGCACUCUGGGACGCGACUUGAUUGCCCACGGAGCAGCCAAAGUGGCGAAGGCUGUCUCGCCGAGGGUGGACGCGCUAUCCCAGGUCGAUGAUAUCGCUCCUCAUGACACAUUCGGCGAUUCGUCAUUGCUCUCUCCAUCUCGAAGCGUUGUCACUGCACCAUCCUUUUCGUCAGUCCACUCUCUGGCCUCGUCAGCAUCCGAAUCAACUUCGGGAUGCGACCCUGGCUUGACAGAGCCUACGCCUUCUCCUACCCACAAGAAACGAUUUGUGGAUCGUUUGGUCUCUCUGAAUGCCCCGAAACCGACUGAGAUCCUCGAAGAUGGUCGUACCUGGUUCUCGGACGAGUUUUUCCCCGAAGAGCGGCGCGAACGCUGGGUCUGGCGGGGCAAAAAGGUCAUCGUGGAAUGCCAGAAGCACGACGACUACCGCGCUUCGAUGACAUGGCUCUUGAACACCGUCGUCGCAUGGGCCGGUCGUUGCGGCGGGCUGAUUCCUCAAACAGAGCUGAAGCAGGAUGUAUCCCUGCAGUCUGCUCUGGAUCUGUUCCGGCUCCUCUUGGAGCGUUUCGCCGGCGCAUCGCUCGAGCCAAUCUUGUCUGCGGCGCGAGUACUGGCGCACGAUGCCGCGGAAGACGAAUCGCUCCGCAGCUGGUGGAGUGCUGUGGGUGCGUUUGCACGCAAGGUCCUGCUGCAGGUCGGUUAUGUUACCGAGGAUGCAUGUGCGGCGCGUGCUCGUGAGCUCCGUGAUUUGGGGCGCGCCUUCUACCGCGAGAAGUACCGAAGCCACUUUGAAGCCUUGAUUGAUAGCAUUGCCAGCUGGUUCCGUUCGUUUGCUGAAGAGCCUCUGAAUAAGGAGCUGGCUGAGAGUUUCACCAAGCUCACUCGUGACCUCCUCUUUGAUCGUGAAGGCAAUCUGCAGUUCAAGAAAAAACUCUGGGAAGACGUUCGAGGGAUCAUUCUCCCGACGCUGGUCGAUAAGGUCGGAUUCGUGCCGAUUCCACGCGUGGAAUACACUGACGAUAACGUUGAUCUGGUCGUCGAGAAUCUGACGCUCUCUGGUCGGCACCUGUUUCCGAAUGUGAUUGAGCUCGAGGCGCACAACUUGGUCAGAUUCAGUCCGUACACUCAAGGCAAUCUCUCGCGGCACGAAGUGACUGUCAAGUUCUCGGAGAUCCAGGCUGCGAUGCGCGACGUUGCAUUCUCGUUCCGCACCAAGACCGGGAUCAAGAUGCGGGACUCUGGCAUGGCUGACGUCGUCUUGGGCGGGCGGGGCUUAUCUGUUUUGAUCACUCUCGCUUCCUCUGCGUCCAAGGAUACGAGCUCUAUCUUCCGCGUCACUCGGGUCCGAGUCAAAGUUGCCUCUCUCAAGCUAAGCAUUCGGGACACCAAGCAUGAUAUGCUCUACAAAACCUUCAAGCCACUGGCGACGCGUUUGAUCAAGAAACAGAUCCAAAAAGCCUUUGAGGAAGCGAUCCGGACUGGGCUCGAGUAUCUUGAUGGGCAACUGGUCAGUGCAAGAAACAAGAUGGCGGACGAUGGAGUGGAAGAGGUCGGCCAGAAGUCCCUCAAGUCAGAACAUCUUCCGGAGGCUUCGACUCUCACGACUUCGGUGUCAAUGUCCACGACGGCAAGCGGGGGCUCCCAAUUCAAGGUCGUCGCAAGCAAGAAGCGCUCGAUCCUCCCAAACAGCGGGCAUCCUGCGGGCUGGGUCAAUCGUGUUGCUGAGCGCCAGCAGCAGAUCGCGGAGCAGGGCGACGAGUGGCGCUCGGAUGCCUUCGAUGUGCAGCCACUGGGGAGGGCGAAGAAUCUGCAAGUCCCCAAGGCUUCACUCGCGUAGACGGGAUCGCGUCGUCAAGGGAGUAGGUUAAUACAAUGAAAUCCUUUCGGUGAUACUCUCAGUGGAUCGAGAAGACGGAAAGGAAGUACCUACAAUCCUUUCAUGCUGUGUGAAUCGGCUCCGGUCAAUGCAUGAGUGAGAAGGGCAGUACGCGUCCGCGAAGAAUGUGCGAGAACACUAUUACCAUAGUCUCGGGGAUGCGCCCGACGUACUGUUGAGUGUCAUUCUAGUCUCGAACCAGUCGGAUAAUUGGCAAAACGAAAUUGGUUGGGAA